AUGCGGGAGCGAACCUUCAAGGAUUCUACUAUACAAUCAGCAUUCCAGAAAGCUGGCAUCUGGCCUAUAAGCUGUAAUACAGCACUCGAUAAGCUACGUACGUACUCACAGCCUACGAAGCCUACUACACCUACCCUACCUCGGGCUAUAACCCCUAUUCCGUCUACACUACAGGGUGUAGAACAGGGCCUACAGCAGUGGAAGGAGCGGGUUCCACAGGCCUUUAGUAGCCCCUCAAGGCAGAGCUACGGCAACUGGCUUACUGGGACUGAGCGGGUUCUAGCUACUAGCCAGCUACAGGAACUCGACCUGCAGGCUGUUCGGCAGCAGGUCAAGAACUCGAAGAAGAAGCAGGGGGGCCGGGGCCGGCUCCAGUAUGGAGGUGAGCUCCGGGCUUCUGAUGCCUACGAGAUUCAGGCCCAGAAAGCUGAGCUUCAGGCCCAGAAGCUCGCUGCUACAGAAGCCCGGAAGCUGAGCCAGGCCCAACAUAGGGCCCAGAAGGUCGCUGCCACAGAAGCCCGGAAGCUGAGCCAGGCCAGAAAUAGGGCCCGGAAUCAGCUCAAGCAGGCAGGAAUUAAAGCACGGAAACAGGAGCAAGCCCGGAAGAAGAGCCUAGCUCAGCUUACUGAAUUAGGCCUCCCAAUUCCUCCGGAGUUAGAAGACCCAAUUACCGACCCAGAAGCUGAGCCUGAGAGCCAGUAUGAGAGUGCCAGUGAGGGUGGGAGUGGGCGUGGGAGUGAGAGUGGGAAUGAGGAAGUGAUGAUUUUGUAA